AUUUGAGAAAUUGGAAACUGUCUGACGAAAUGGUGCAUAUGGAGUCAAGCUCCAGGAUUUUAUUCAAGAAAACAAGCGACUAGCUGUGACUAGGACAUUUUUGAUGUGGCUUCUACGUUUCCGUGGACAUUUUUAAAGAAGCAUUCGGCGACAAUUAAGUGUUACAUUAGCUUCAUUAAUAUACUUACGGAAAAACUAGCUGGUAAAUCAGCUAACAAAUCUGAAUUACAGAAAUUGUGGUUAGCUAAGAAGCUAGUGGAUAGCUACCGUUUCUUAAGGUGAUAACGUAUCAUUGAAAAGCUAUUGUAAGACAGAUGUGGACUGAUUUGUGAUUAUAAAAACACAAUAAUUUCUUGUAAUUCUCAACAAGCUGGUUUUAAUGCCUGGUUCAUAUGUGGCCCAUUGGGAAUAAAUUACAUUCAGUUGCAAAAUUAUAUCCUAACCGAUGUACAAUAGUGCAAAGGUGACUGAAACAAAUACAAAGAUCGGAUAAAUUGCUAAUAUUCUAUCAAAAUGUAGCAGCCCCAGAGCCAUAAAAGUGAACAGAAACAUUGGAGGCUAGCUAGCUUCAUUAUAAUCAAACGUAGGCUACAUUUCCAUUUGACUGUCCUUUAAAUUAAUACAGCGUAUGACACGAAUAGCCUACACCAAUUGUAAUUAUUUAUUUAUGUAGGUUAGUCUUCAUCAUCAACAGCACAGUCAUCAUGCAAAGACAGAAAUAUUACCAAGAACAUUUUUAAUAAGCUAUUAGUAGGCUAACAGUAUGAAAAAAACCGAUGUGGUCAAAAUAAUAAUAUGUUGGAAUCAUAUCAGCAUAAUAACAUCUUAAUUUAAGAGCAACAUAUGCUAGCUUUAGUUAUUUUUCAUUUAUUUAUCGAUUAAUCACCGUAAAUUAUGUAUACAAGAACGAUUUUGCAGGUUGGCUAGCAUUGUGUGUAUUCCAAGGAAUCCAAAUGUCUUUUAGUGACUAAGACAUUGCACAGUUUUGAUAGGCUAUAGCAUGCUAGGUUGUUGGGAUUGCAGUCAAAAGCAAAUUAUUUGUUCCUGCAUGACAUUAAAAUAAAACAUUGUCAUUUUGUAAAGUAAAGCCUGUUGUGAAUGUGAAUUGAUGUGAAACAAUGUUGACAAUGUUAUUAGUUAGCUGGUAAGGGGUCAAAUGCCCUCCGAAAAUUAUCUUCUCUGCACAAGUUAUUUGGGAAAAUAUCAAAGGUAGCCACCAAAAAACACACGGAGCACAGUUAGAGUGGUACAUUUUUGCCAAUGGGUCAGUGCAGAAUGCGGACAGUUCAUGCGGUUAUACACUUGGCACAUAAACACCAUCAGUUUUUCACGAUCAGCCAUGUUUUUUGUUUACGUGGAGUAGAGCAUCAGUAACCCUUGGAGAUUGGAAGUUUCAACCAGGAAGUUCCGACGUCCGACGUUAAAUGGAACACAACAUUAGGUCAGCCACGGAAGCGCAACGAUAUGAAUCACUGCAAUGGAUAUGACCAAAGUUGUAUAUUCUGCAAGAUUGUAAACAGGGAAACUGAAACCGAAAUACUCCAUAGUGAUGAAGAGCUGUGCUGCUUCCGAGAUUUGAAACCUGGAGCUAAGCAUCACUACCUGGUUGUUCCCAAUAGGCACAUCGUCAGCUGUGCUUCACUCAGGAAGGAGGAUAUGCCCUUGGUGAGGAAGAUGAUGGAGAUAGGAAAAGCGUUGCUGCUGAAACAUCAUUUCAACGAUCUUGAUGACACCAGGUUGGGGUUCCAUAUCCCUCCUUUCUACUCUGUGCCUCACCUGCACCUGCAUGUGCUGGCACCUGCCAGUCAGAUGGACUUAAGAUCCCUCCUCAUCUAUGGGCCUCAAUCCUUCCGGUUUCUCACGAGUGAAAAGCUGCUCCAGAAGCUGAACUCCUAGAAGAACCAGCCCAGUGAAACCCGGCCCAGUUAAAGACAGACUAUGUAGGAUUUUCAACUUGAAAAUAUAAAUAAAUAAUAUAAUAUAACAAAACAACCAUUCUCAGUCAGUACUACAAUGCACUGCCAAUCUGUGUUUGUGUUCACUUCUACUUAAUACUUUGUUUUGCUGCCUCAGUGCUACUACAGUGGUCCUUAGCUCGGUUUGCAAGAGAUCGCCUUGGUGGCUAACCGUUUAGCAAGUGGGUGGCUUAGCAUUCAGAAGCGUUUUUCAGCUGCCGUUCUUAGCUAACUAAAUUCAGUUAUGUACAUUAGCUGGCUGGCCAUGAUAGCUGGUUCCACUGAACAUGUCUACCACGUUUUUCGGGAGAUUCCACCACAUAUUUCCAGCAGAUGAAUCUCUCAUGGGAGGGAGCUUGUGCUGAAAUCCAUAAGAAUCCUGGACGUUCCAGUAGACUUCAAGUGUCUGAUAAGAAAUAAAAGUGACUAUGAAUUGA